ACGUGUUUUUCUCUCGCUUUCUUAGUUCUGCUGUACGUGAGGACUGGUGCUGAGGAGGUGUUCGACGCGCUCAUGCUGAACUCACCGACGCUGUCAGGCCUGCAAGAAGCUAUUUCAGAAAAGUACGGCUUGCAAAGAGACACCAUUGGGAGAAUCUGCAAAAAAUGCAAGCGAGGAAUAUUGGUGAACAUGGACGACAACAUCAUCGAACACUACAGCAACCAGUCAGCUUUCCUCAUCGAGAUGGCCGAGAUGGCAGACGGUCACCUCCAAGUCACUCUGGUUGAAGUAUGAGAUUCCCCGGAGGAUGGGGAGACGCGGCUGCCAUGUGAAGUCACCUUUGAAGCACUGCCGUAUCAGAGCUGUGGACUGCCAAAAGCCAAGAACUGGAACUAGACUAAACGGAUCCUCCAGAUUUUCAGACUUUGGAUGAAAAUGUUGAACCAUUUCUUGAAUU